GGGAGGAACGAGCCACGGCCGUCGCCCUCAUGCGCAAGUUCAUCGCCUACCAGUACACGGAGACCCCCCUGCAGAUCAAGGCCGUGGUGGCCCCGGAGCACGUCAGGGGGUACCUGUACGUGGAGGCCUACAAGCAGACCCACGUGAAACAGGCCAUCGAGGGCGUGGGCAACCUGCGCCUGGGCUACUGGAACCAGCAGAUGGUGCCCAUCAAGGAGAUGACCGACGUGCUCAAGGUGGUCAAGGAGGUCACCAACCUCAAACCCAAGGCCUGGGUCCGGCUCAAGAGGGGCAUCUACAAGGAUGACAUCGCCCAGGUGGAUUACGUGGAGCCGAGCCAGAACCAGAUCUCCCUCAAGAUGAUCCCCAGGAUCGACUUCGACCGCAUCAAAGCCCGGAUGAGCCUG